AUGUUCGGCUUGUCGAAAGAAGGACCUUUUUUCACGGGCGAGGACUUCAAGUCCGCGUUCAACCUCUUCUGUUGCAUCUACGGCGUCGGGACGCUUGGCAUGCCCGGCAACUUUGCUCGCGCCGGUCCAACGAUCGCUGUUAUUGCCAUGGCAUUCAUGGCGUUUGCCAACAUUUACUCCUCCAUCGUGAUGUCCAAGGUCAUGUUGCUCUCGCCAAGGACCGUCAAGACGUUCGGAGACCUUGGUCAGUGGAGUAUGGGCGCUACUGGCCGCUGGCUGUGCAUCAUCUCACAAAUGGGCUCCUGCCUGCUUCUUCCAUGCGUUUACCUCGUGCUUGGCGGUCAGUUGCUUGACGGUCUCUUCGUAGACGCGUUCAGUCAGGCGGUAUGGAUCGUUUUCAUGGCCCUCAUGGUUCUACCGGUAUGUCUCGUGCCAACGCUGAAGGAAGGCUCAGCUGCCGCCUUUGCUGGCUGUCUGGGCACGAUCAUUGCCGACGUCAUUGGUGUAGCAGUCGUGAUGCACGGGAUGCGAGGACACCCUAGUGUACCGUCCCCGGGGCUCAAAUUCUCCCAAGUCGUGGGCGUUUUCGGCAACCUCACGCUUGCCUACGGUGCUGGGAUCGUCAUUCCGGACUUGCAGCGUCAACACAGCGAGCCUGCUCGCAUGCCUCGAGUUGUGGGUGUGACGGUUGCCUUUGUGUCGGUCUUGUUUCUAGUGCUCUCGAGUACGGCGUACUCAGCUGUGGGGUGCCAGAUCUCGGGCAACCUGCUCUUCACUAUCUACCCGGACAGCGAGACCGGCCUGACGUCGCUCGGAUUCGCACCGAACUGGGGCACCGUCGUGCUCGCUUACCUGUUCAUGCAGCUCCACGUGACAAUCGCGUUUUCUGUCGUUUUGAACCCGGCGUUCUACAUCUGCGAGCGAUUGUUCUUGAACAUGCACAAGAGUGGCCUGGAGGACACUGACAAUGGCUUUGAUUUCGAGGAGAGCGGGUCCCCCAUUAACGUGCAGCUAGGUGAUGCUACCUCCUCAGACCGCCACUCGACGGUUCAAUCGAAUUGCCCUCCUAAGAUACCCGACCCAUCGGUAGCCGAUUCGGACCGUGGGUAUGUGGCCAUCGAGGAGGAUGAAGCUGCUGAGUACACUGGCUCCAAUGUUAUCAAGUACGUUGUGCUCCGAAUGAUCCUCGUCGGUAUCCUCGUAGCCCUUGCCAUCCUCUUCAAGGACCAUUUCUCCGAGUUUGCCGACUUUGUAGGUGCUUCGUGCAUCACGACGAACUGCAUCCUACUUCCAAUCAUCUUUUACCUCAUCAAGGCUUGGGACCGCGUCCCGGUGUACGAGAAGGUGGCUGCGAUCAUCGUCGUGGUGGUCUGUUUUAUCCUCGGGUGCUACGUCACGUACACUAGUGGCAAGGUUCUAUUCUCGGGUUCGGACGACGAUGUCGAGUUCCCAUUCUGCGACGGCGAGUUUGAAACCCGAAUCUACUACAACUAUACGGCCGAGCACACGCCUUAG